AUGGAGAGAGUUUCUCUAUCUUACACGGUCGACGAGCCUACUCCGCAGCUGACUAUUGAGUUUGAGUCUCUCUCUUCAAGAAGUUCCUCAGUAUCGCAAUCUGAUAAUCAAGAGCUGCAAUCGAAUCAUACAGAGCCAGGCACAUCUUCUGAAAUUUUCGAUCCAGAUGAUCACCGAAACUAUCCAGAAGGAGGUCUCACUGCCUACCUUGUUUCGCUCGGGGGUUUCACUGGUACUGUAGUUUGUAUGGGACUUAUCAACUCCAUCGGUGCUAUUCAGGCUUAUGUGUCCAUUAAACAGUUAAAAGACACAGAUCCCAUCGCCAUUUCGUUCAUCUUCGCUGUCUACCUUUCGUUGGCGUACUCUAUGGGAGUAGUAGCAGGACCCAUUUUUGACAUUUAUGGUGCCAAAGUUUUAUUGAUAGUCUCGAACUUGCUCAUGUUUGCGGGUCUCAUGGGCUCUGCCAGCAGCAAGCAACUCUGGCAAUUUAUAUUGAGUUUCAUUUCUUUGGGAAUAGGAAACGGCAUAGGACUCACGCCGAUAGUUAGUGCACCGAAUCAUUGGUUCUUGAGAAAACGAGGCUUGAUCACUGGAAUUGUCACUGCUGGUGGAUCUUUUGGAGGUCUUGUGUUCCCGAUGCUUUUGAGACAUACUUUUGACAAGCUCGGAUAUGUGUCUUCUCUUAGAAUACUUGCUGCCAUAUGUUUUGGAUGUAUGACUAUAAGCCUGGUUCUUAUUAAGACAAGAUUUACACGGCCUCGUGAAUCACUGUCUAUCAAAGAUAUCACUUGGAGCAAGUUCACCAAAUUGUGCAAAGACUUUUUAAACAGGCAUAAUGAUUCUAGGUUUAUUUUCGUAAUCUUGGGAUCAUUCUGUACUGAAUUGGCUCAGGUGGAGUUGGUCACUUACUUUGUUUCUUUUUUCAUCGCCCAGGGUAUUCCCAUUUCCACAUGCUACAUCUUGCUUACUGUAUGGAACGGUCUGUCUAUUGCCGGACGAAUUAUUCCCGGCUAUGCCUCAGAUUCGCUUGGUAAGUUCAAUGUGAACAUUCUCAUGAUUUCAGCCUUGAUUGUGUGCUUUUUCACCACGUGGCUACCUUUUGGAGGAGAUGUCAAAGUCAUGUACCUCUUUGCUGUCCUUGGAGGUUUCUUCCUGGGACUGAUAUUAAGUAUGCUUCCCACGUGUCUUUCCCAGAUCACAGUGGUUUCGCAGUUAGGCGAGAGAUACGGAGUGCUCAACUUUAUAUUGAGUAUAGGUAACUUGGUGGGUGUUCCAAUUGGUGCUGCAAUCAUUGGGGAGGGUUCUGUGGCAAGAUACAAGGUGUUUGUCGUGUUUGUGGGAGCCCUCUCCAUAGCAGGCACUUUGUUUUACAUAGGUGCACGGCUGGUGAUAGUGGGGGCAAGAAUUAAUGUAAAAGUGUAA